CGACAAAUGCCAAAGACCAUUUUAUUUUGUAUAUCCUUACAAAUUGAGCGUUUCAAAAAACCGAGUUACACUUUGAAUAUUCGUGGAAAUUCUAGUAUAAAGAUGAUCUUGGACGAGACAAAAUUGGACCAGAUCAUCCAGGAACUAACCGGAUUGACGGGCGGGGAGAACUGCACCCUGUCGAAGAAGGUGAUCGUGGCGCUGUGCAGGGAGGCGCGCGAAGUGUUUCUGAAUCAGCCGAUGCUCCUGGAGCUGGAUGUUCCCAUAAAGGUGUGCGGCGAUGUGCACGGCCAGUUCACAGAUCUGCUUCGAGUCUUCAAAGCGUGUGGAUUUCCGCCGCAAACGAACUAUCUGUUUCUGGGCGACUAUGUGGACAGGGGCAAGCAGUCGCUGGAGACCAUCUGCCUGCUGAUGGCCUAUAAGGUGCGCUAUCCGGAAAACUUUUUCCUGCUGCGCGGCAAUCACGAGUGCGCUGGCAUUACGCGUCUGUAUGGCUUCUACGAUGAGAUCAAGCGGCGCCACAACGUACGAACCUGGCGUGAAUUCACCGACUGCUUCGACUGCUUUCCGGCGGCCGCCGUCGUGGCUAACCGUAUCUUCUGCUGCCACGGCGGCCUGAGCCCUUCACUCGAGAGCCUGGACCAGAUCCGGAACCUGCCCCGCCCCACGGACAUCCCCAAAGAGGGCUUGCUCUGUGACCUUCUGUGGGCGGACCUGAACCGCACUGGCCUCGGUUGGGGCCACAACGACCGAGGCGUGAGCUUCACCUACGACGAGAAGAUCAUAACGGACUUUCUCGCAGCCUACAAUUUCGACCUGAUGAUCCGCGCCCACGAGGUCGUCGAGGAUGGCUACGAGAUGUUUGCCGACCGACGCCUCAUCAGCAUUUUCACGGCCCCUAACUACUGUGGACUGUGGAACAAUGCGGCGGCAGUGAUGUGUGUCAGCGCCGAGCUCGUCGUCAGCUUCGUGAUCCUGAAGCGCAAAAUCUGUAAUUAGCAAUAGAACAUCAAUAUUUGUAUGUACAGCAUACUGCAUUAUGCCUGCUGGUAUAGACAUAAGUUUAAACAUUAGUCGAUGAUACAAAUAUCCGCAUUUCUGGACAGGCAUUAUCAGAAUUUUAGUAUCCACUUUGAACUUGUCAAAUGAUUACAAAACAUUCAAAGUGCUAUUAUAUUAAAAAAUUCGCAUAUUUUACA